GUCAGUGUCAUUAGUCUUUGCUUGAAUAUUCUGAUGCAAAAUGAACGUAUCAGUUUUAAAUAAAAUAUGUUAAAUCAUGUAUGAUAUUCCUGUUAUUAUCAGGUUAUUGUUGUUAAAUAUCAAUGUUGUUUUCCAUAUUUUCCAUUCCAUGAUAUCCAUAAACUGUUGGAAUUGGUCAGUGUUGAUUGAGGCUUCAUUUAUUCACAUGUACAAGUGCAAUACUUCACUGAGUCACUCAGCAAGCCAUCUUUAAGUAAAUUUAGUGGGUUGGGAUGAACAGGUAUUCGAGAAAAC